CGGCCCCCAAACCAAAAAUGCGUCGCUCAAGUACAGAUGAAACGCCGUACUGCCGGAGUCCCUCUCUGGACAGUAAGUCGGGCUCGCCGCCGCUGCGCUACAGCGGGGAGUACGAGUACCACAGCUCGCCCUUCGUCUUCGGCCUUCGUACCACACCGGGCUCAAAGAAAGCUAAAGCCAGCUACACCACUGCACAGGGCCGGAAAUAUGUGGUGUUUUACCUCGACCUGUCCUUCAUCUUCCUUCUAGAGCUGCGGCGCUGCAGGAUGGCCGAGGGCUGCCUGAGGGCCCUGAGAUACGGGAUGGUUUUCUUCAAUCUGCUCUUCUGGCUGGGCGGCUGUGGGAUUCUGGGAGUGGGAGUUUGGCUUUCCAUCACGCAGGGAAACUUCGCCACACUCUCCUCGUCUCUACCGUCGCUCUCUGCCGCCAAUCUGCUCAUCGCUGUCGGCAGCAUCAUCAUGCUGAUUGGCUGUCUGGGCUGUGUGGGCGCGGUCAAACAGAACCGGCCGUUACUCCUGAGCUUCUUCAUUCUGUUGCUCCUGAUAUUAUUGUUGGAGAUUCUGUUCAUGAUUCUGUUCUUCGCAUAUCAAGAUGAGAUUGAUCUGUAUGCGCAAAGCGACCUGAAGAAAGGCCUGCAGCUCUUCGGGACUGAAGGAAACAUCGGCCUGACCAACGCCUGGAGCAUCGUCCAAACCGAUGUACGCUUACUGUAUAACGCGACGCGUGUGCCGGACUCCUGCUGUCUGGAGUACAGUGAUAACUGCGGUCUGGAGAAUCCUGGCACCUGGUGGACAGCGCCGUGUUACGAGCGAGUGAAGGGCUGGCUGCAGGAGAAUCUGGUGGCUCUGUGGAUCUUCGCUCUGUGUACGGCUCUAACACAGAUCCUGGGACUGGUGUUCUCCAUGACCAUAUUCUGUCACGCCGUGAAAGUGGAGACCUUCUACGCAUAGAGACGCAGAACCGGACCAAACACACUCCUGCUUCUUCAUCGCACACUUCUGUAGCAAUCAGUCGUCACGUUUCGCUAACACACUGCUAUUUACAACAUGAUUUUAUAAUCAAGAUCAACUGAAAGAAUGAAAACGGCUCUUUGUUGUGAAUAUGUAAUGGACAGUUUAUUUUUUGGUCCAUUUGUGAAGAAAAUACAGCAAUUUUAAAGAGGGAGACCAGUAACUAAUUUUAUAUUUGUAUAAUUUCAUAUUAAUACGCGUGAAAUGAACAACCGCUGUUUAUAUUUAUUCAGAGCGAGUUCUCAAUAGAUUUAAAAGGUAAGAUUUUAGAUUACAUUUUUGUAUAUUUGACUUAUUUGGCAUAGUCUUUAAAACAAAAAGUAAUAAAACAGACACAUUUUACUUGAGCAAAUG